AUCCACAAAUAUUUCGAACGAGAAGCAUCCGAUUGGGAUAUUAUUGGAUUCCUCGAUGAAUGUACCAGUAUGGAAUCUUAUAACCAAAAAAUAGAAUGCUACUUAUUAUCUCUCGAGUUAAUAACUAGUACUGAGACUGGUCAAAGGCGUAGAAGAGCACUAGAACUUCAAAAACUAUACAGACAGGCAAGUAUUAAAGUUUUUUUGCGCGAAAGAGGCAAUCGGCCCGAUAAAAAACGAGCGAAGGAAUAUAAUUCAAUUGCAAACAAUAAUAACAAGGACGAGUUUGCUACGUCGUCGGGUCAAGUAACCACGAAGAGGAUGCGUCAAGAAUCUGACACUGCAACAUCGGCAAAAAAA